AUGCUGUUGUAUACUCUGAAAGCUAUAAUAUUGUUUACGCCGGUUACCAUAGGCAAACAUUCAAGUCCGGAUCGGCUGUCUAAGGCCACCGGGGGCAGCCUGGUCGUUGUCGAUGAGAUCGAUUACACACCCCGACAGCUUGCGCCGCCGCAGCGCUUCGAGAGCAACGAGUUAGGAUGGGAUCGAUUGCAGGAGUGUCUUCCGGCAAGUGAACACGCACCCAUCAGAGAGGAAGAUUUACCGUCGGUUGUUAGUUUUGGAUUAGACGAGGAGGAAGAGGAAAAAGAAGAAACUAAAACCAAAGAGACACCAAUGGAGGAAACCGCUCAAGCUCCUGAUAAAGUGGAAGCGUUCGAUUUGGACCAUGAGCCCGACUUCAGUGGCGUCAUCGAUCGGCGCAGUCCGUCGUUGGAUGCGGACAUCAAGAGGUACCACGUGAAGAUUCUGCUAACCGAAUCGGACGAUAUUAUCCUGUUUGAAAGUGCUAGUCACACCGAAGUGAAGGGAUCGGAAGAGGCAGCGGCCGUUGAAAAGCUGAACGCCGACUACGAGUUGAAGAAAAAGAGCAGAAGAACGGCGGUUGCCGAAGCGGAAGCCCAAACCCCGGAGUUGCUGCUCAAGUCGCGCGGAGUCAACACGGAGCGAAUCAUGCGGAACGAAGUGGCUUCGUUCGUGUCGAACUACGACAUGUACGAUACGUACAACGAUUUGGAGCGACAUACGAAGGAAAUCGAUCUGGCGGAGGCUUCUUCGAAAAUUGAAAUAACGACCUACUCACGAGAGGGUAUGGAAGAUAUCGAUCAGAUGUUGAACAGAAGUGAAAAUUUUCAUCUAUCAUCGAUGAUUUUACAACGAUUGCUGGCAGGAAAUGUGUUCAGAGAGAAGCAGAAACGUUUUCGGAAUAUGUAUCUGCCAGAUCCACUGGAUGCUAAUGUACGAUAUUUGUAUAGAUUAGACACUUUGUGGGUUUACAAAUCGGUUGAAACCAUCGGGAAAGCAGUGGCGAGUGCCAGUUGGUGUCCGGCGAACGGAGAUAUUGUAGCUGUCGCAUAUGGAAUCUAUGGCUUUACUAAGUUUGGUGAUCGAAGCACCGGUUAUGUAUGUGUAUGGAGUAUCAAAAACCCUGUCAACCCCGAAAGACGGUAUAAAUUCCCGGUCCCGGUGACUUCGGUAGCGUUUUCCAAACGGACGCCACAACUUCUAGCUAUUGGUCUGUAUAAUGGUACGGUACAAAUACAGGAUAUCACUGACAACUCACCAGUACCGGUUGGCGUGUCUGAACGACGAACAUCACCAGGGUUCGAGCCAAUUUGGGACAUAGAAUGGAUCGAGUCAGAUGCUGAUAAAGAUGAAAUUCUGUCCGCAUCCCAGGACGGCACGAUAAUGAAGUACACACUAAACAUCGGACAGUUCUUAAUCGGGUAUCGUCAGAUGCGAUUGGAUCGGGUGGAAGGUGAAACUGAAGGUAUACAGGUGGAAAGAAAGAAGGAUAUCCUGGAGGCGGAUCGUCAUCCACAAGCAUUGUGUUUAAAAAUUCAUCCAACUCGUAAAGAUAUAUACUUUGUCGGAACUGACCAAGGUUGUGUGCACAAAUGCUCCAUCAAUUAUCCUUAUCAGCAUUCCGGGGUAACACAGAUGCAUAGCGGAGGAGUUUACUGUAUCGAGUACUCGCCUUGGAGUCCGAAGAUAUUCCUUACGUGCGGGGGCGAUUGGUGCAUCCGUAUUUGGGUCGAAGAGAUAAUGGAACCAAUCAUUACACUGACUUCUGGUUUCGGACCCAUUCACGCUGCCUAUUGGUCUCCGGUGAAUUCCACAAUCAUUGCUAGCGCAACACGUACCGGUGUUCAGAUUUGGGAUCUGAAGAGACGAAUGCUGAAGCCGGCAUCCUGUACGACUUUCGGAGAUUCGAACGCUUCAAUGACGGUUAUCAAGUUCACGAAUUGCGGUCGAAGUCUGCUGAUUGGAGACAGUGAAGGACGAACGUACAUUUGUGCCCUGGAGGAUAUGCCUUUUCCGCCACACUUCCAGUACGAUGAACUGCAGUCGGCUCUCUAUAAAAAUUUGAUCUGCAAACCGGAUUUGCUGAAUCAGGUUAAACGCUUUGGGUAUCUAGGGUAUUAG